CCAAAGGAAGUACAAGGGAAGUAACUCUAAAUAAAGGACGAAAACAACGCGAAAGCUUACGAAGAACGGUGCAAUGACGAUGCCACAUAUGUAAGCAAUGGCCGACAAGGAGGACCAGGAAGAUGAGCUGACAGCCCUGACCAGUAUCUAUGACGACAGCGUUUUGACACUCUCCCAGGACGGGGAAGAGCCAGGGGGCCAGUUUGUGGCCUGCUUCCCCCUCCCCGAUCCAUUCUACAUCCAGAUAGAUCCCCACAGAGAAAAACAGCAAGAUGAAGCGAAUUCAAACAAUGUGACACAAGAUUUAACAGAAGUGAAGUUUCUACCGCCAGUGACCUUGAACUUUGCCCUGCCCCCCGACUACCCGUCCGUCCAACCCCCACAGUUCACACUGUCGUGUAAGUGGCUCACAAGGCACCAGCUGUCACGUCUGUGUCACAAGCUUGAUGAACUCUGGGAAGAAAACUCAGGAUGUGUGAUUCUGUUCAUGUGGACCAACUUCCUCCAGAGUGAAGCGUAUGAUUUCCUGGAUCUCUCAUCUCCGCUAGAUCUGUCCAAUGUUGUGUGCCUCCGAAGGACUAGCAAGAGUGAUAAUGUCCUCACCCCCAGGACUAACCCAAGCGAGGACACGCCCUCCAGCUCUGACCCCCGUGGUAUUCAGGACAUCGCGUCCCAGCAGUUGCUGUUGCCGGCGAUCCGAGACUUCAGUCACCAGGAGCAGCUGCGACAGUUCCAGAAGUCGGUGUAUUCCUGUAAGGUGUGCUUCAUGGAGAAGCUGGGGUCCCUGUGUAUUCAGUUCAUCCAGUGUGACCAUGUGUACUGCAAGGAUUGUAUGAAGGACUACUUUGUGAUACAGAUCGGGGAGGGGAACGUGGCCGCCCUCACCUGCCCCGAGGACCAGUGUCAGUCACAGGCACAUCCUGCUCAGGUAAAGGAGCUGGUUUCCCCUGAACUGUUCACUCGCUACGAUCAGCUGCUCCUGAAGACGUCCUUGGAGACGAUGACAGACGUGGUGUACUGUCCCCGCCCCGUCUGUCAGUUCCCCGUCAUCAUGGACCGGGAGAGCAACAUGGCGUCCUGCCCCUCGUGUCAUUACGUCUUCUGUGUUCUGUGCAAGCUGGUCUUCCAUGGACUGUCACCCUGCAAGAUCAAGUCAGAUGAGUUGAAGAAGUUACGAGAGGAAUAUCAAGCAGCUGAUGAAAUGGGGAAGAAGUUCCUGGAGAAGAAGUAUGGGAAGAGAACAAUCGAGCAGGCCCUGGAGGAGACGUGGUCCAGCGAGUGGCUCGAGCAGUACGCCAAACAGUGUCCUUCUUGUGGUACACACAUACAGAAAAUCGAUGGUUGUAACAAGAUGACGUGUACCAAGUGUCGGUGUUAUUUCUGCUGGCUGUGUAACCACACCCUGUCCAGGACUAAUCCCUACAGCCACUUCAACAUGUCCAACAACUCCUGCUUCAACAGACUCUUCGAAGGGAUGGGGCCAAUGGAUGGGGACUUCUUUGAUUUUGAAGAAGAAGAGGACUUCUUAAAUCUUAUCUGAAGCUUUCAUUUGGUACUGCUAAUAAUUAUGGUGUUUGAACAGAAAUCUGUGCAUUAUAGCAAUUAUUUCCUUGGUUGUUUAUCAGGAUUUAUUCCUUAUUGUUUAUAGCGACAUUGCUCAAUUGCUAAAAUUUCCAAUAUGCCAAGAGACAUGAAACAAUGUGAAAAAAUGAAAAUAGUUUUUGGGGUUGAUUUAUAUAACGUCUCAAAAAUUAUCUCAAAAUAUUAUGUUUAACAAAAAUAUAAACAAAACAAUGUCAUGAGUACUAGUAAUUCUUUACAUUCAAACACAGAAUUUAGUUUUUUCAAUUUAUUUAAUUAAUUUAAGGUUGACUAGUCUUUUAGACAGUAAAUUAGUGUGGCUUGGCUGUUGUUGUAAUUUACAGACAAGGAAGGUAGUCAUUGUUGUCAUUUUGUAAUAAGAAAUUCAUGAAGAUUAGGAAUCGGCAGUGUACAUGUAUAUUGUUCUGUGCAUCUUCCAAAAGGUCACUCUUGGCAGUUGGUAAGAAAAUUAUUCAAAUCACACAUCAGCUGACCAAAAUGUUUUGCUGACUUUAUGGCACAUAAAACUCAAGCAUUCUGUGCAUUUAUCACAAUUGUGCUGAGUAUCAGUUAGCUUUCAAAGAUCGACAUGCUCUGCAUGUGUGAUGCUGGGACUAUGAAUGACUUUGAGUUUGAAUUAUCCGUGUUUUGAGUCUUGCACAUUUCCCAUGGUUCAGUGACUGUCAUCAAGUAGUGGUUGUCUCCCUUUGUUAACCGGGACAUUUUAAAUAACCACUUGAAACGAGUGACUGUCAUGAGGUUAGAUUGAGUUUGACUGAAGUAGUUGUCUCCCUUUGUUAACAGGGACAUUUUAAAUAACCACUUGAAAUGAGUGACUGUCAUGAGGUUAGAUUGAGUUUGACUGAAGUAGUUGUCUCCCUUUGUUAACAGGGACAUUUUAAAUAACCUCUUGAAAUGAGUAACUUUCAUGAGGUUAGAUGUGUGUGUGAAGUAGUGGUUGUCUCCCUUUGUUAACAGGGACAUUUUAAAUAACCACUUGAAAUGAAUGAGUUGAAACCUGGCAAUUGGAGUCAGAAGUGAUAUUGGGUGCAUUAAUGCCAGUUAUUUUGCCAUGACUUAGGGAGCCCAUUUUAUGUUAAAGGCAUUUAUAUGUUCAGCAAGAUUAUAUAAGAAGUAUGACUGCUCAGACCUACGUGGGGAUUCCGGUUACAACUGGUCCCGAGAAACUAUCCUAGUCGUAAUAGGCGCCCAAAUGGAUGGGAUGGUCAGGCUCAGUAACUUGGUUGAACGGGUUUCAUCGUACCCAAUGACAUGGGUCAUUUUACACAAUAUCAAUCAAUGGACUGCCUGGUCCAGAUUCGAUUAUUUGCAGACCGAUAUCAUAUAACUUGAUAUUGCUCAGUGCUGUGUUGAAAGACAGAUGUCAUCCUCAGAGAAAAAAUAGCUGAUUCUAUGAUAUAUUUUCAGUUUCAUCCCUGAUGCUUUCAUGUAUAGAAACACAUUUCCCUGGGACUGGAAACACUGCAGAUGCUUUUUAGUACAGUGCUGGUCUCAUGGUUUUGGAAUGUGUGUCUAACAGAUUUUUAUUCAGUAGGAUUUAUGUUGAAUCAGGUAUCUAGUAUUGAGACUUCAGAGUCAGGUGUUUCAAUCUGUUUUGGUAAUUAAUACCUUCUUAAGUUUAAGAUGCUCCACUGUGUGUUAACAUUAAAUAAAAAAAACUGACAGUGACUUACUAGUCCUGUAGCAAAAGCUUUGUGUUUUAAAACAAAUUGUUAAAAAUUAUGUGAAUAAAUAUUGCCCUUGCAAUAUUUAGUUUCUACUUGAAUAUUUACAUCUUGUGCCCGGAAUUGUUUAUCCAUUCUUGCUGAAUUUAUGCAUUUAUCAAGUUGACAUGAAAAGGGAUUGUUUAUGUGUAUUGUUUUGUCAUCAUGAAGAUGCUUAUGUGUGUACUGCUAUUGACAUGUCUUUCAAGUUUUGUGUACAAGAGAGAAGCGAUGAGUUUGUCUACCCCAGGUAUUUCAGAAUCCACUGAAGAUUAUUAGCCAUGUCUUGUUGACCUUGGACGGCAUGAGUGGCCUAGGUGUCUAUGGUGCUGCAAUUUGCUGUGCACAGUUGUGUCCCCUUCCAAAAGCUAGGAUCAUGGAUUCGAAUCCCAGUUUGCUUCGAUUAUGUUUUCGUGUUUGUCUGCAUCAGGGCCGUACAUGUGGGUUUCACCAAAGUGUUAUUUUCUAGAACCUGCAUCACUUUGGGAUUUCCUCUCACAUCAAGCUGACAUGCGGUGAUAUAAACUGGAAUAUUGUUCAAACCGGCCUUAAACCCAUCUUCCCGAGGCAAGGGAUUUAACUGACUGUAAAAGUCCAGUUUCCACUUUUGUAGAGGCUGGAAUUAUGGAGUUAUAUUUUGGCUGGACUAAUGAGUCUAUGCAUAGUCCAAUCCAAAUCACAUAACGAAGUCAACAUCCAGUUCAUAAACUGCUGUGCAGAUUUUGGUCGAUAGCAGGAUUUGCAAAUCAUGUGCACUGUCAACUGAGCAUCAACAAAUAUUUUCCAAAUCCUUUCAUGAUUUGAUGCACUUUGCGAAGAAAGACCCCUUUUAUAACAUUAUAGAUCUUGAUUAUGGGUCGCCGCCAUUUUGCUUAAAGCAAAUACAAGUGAUAUGAAAGGUGGAAUCUGAUUGGUCAGUAGGAUGGACACGAACCCAGAAAUUCCAGCAUAGUUCAGCAAGGGUUGAAACUCGACUUUUGUAGUCAGUUUGCUCCCUUGCUUGGAGAAGAUGCCUUAAACAGUCUCCAUCUUAUUAUAAUAAUGUGUAGAACUAGUUUGUCACAUUACCUUCAUCAAGCAGAAAAACAAAAUGGAACCAAAAAACAGGAUUUGAAACAUCAUUUCCAAAAAGUUCGGAACACACCAAGAUAUUUCCCGGACUUUUUUAUAUUAUUUUCAUAGUUGAUGAUGGAAAUAGGGCCUUCAUCCAGCCUACAGCCUCGUUGUUUUAAUCUUUUAGCAGCAUGAUUGAACGAGAAAGGCCUCAUCGUGAAUGUAUAUAUGUGAAAUGAGUUACCAUGGUAACUAUGAAUUGUAUCUAUCAACCAUGUCUUUUACAAAAUGUGGUGUCUUCAUUUUACUAAAAUUUGUUACCUACUGAAUGACCCUGGAAGGUAGUUCUAGUUUAGUUAUCAUUUGUUUCUGUUGGAGAUGUUCGGAUGUUAAAGUGUAUGUUCUUCUUGAUGUGGUGAAACCCAGCUAGUCCCAACCUGCUGUGCCAGAAAUCACACCUUCCCGAUGGGAACUCCUGAAUUAUUAAGUGAUUUCCUAUAUUAUAUAUGUUACAGUCAAUGUGUAAAAUAAACAAAAAAAACAAUGUGUAAAAUGAUUGAAAUUUUCACAUAGGCAAUUUUCAAAAUGCCAAAAUAUUUCAGUCACUUUUAAUUUAUUUUC